GGCCAGCGCCCCUUCAGUGAUGAUGGACUUUGUAGUCUUUUCUAGACGUGUUUCCCCAUGUUCUCUCCACAGUCGUUACGAGAGAAAACUACAAAUCCCAAAACACCAACGGGGAGGGGGGGGCGCCACGCAUGCUCUGUCGGGAUUUCUCGGUACCGAAAGAGACAACAGGAAGCUUCCUACCGAAAUUCAUCAAAACAGCAGGUGGACUGGUCAAACCGAUACCGGGACACCGCUAACUGGCCGGCUGAUCGCCGCAGAGGCCAGCUGCCUUCGACCGACACCCCCCACGCCCUAAGCGGCUUGUCAUUCCGGCAUCCCUCGGGAAGUGUGUUCCUGGCCCCUGCCGUUGCCAUGGAGCAGUGAUGUGCCCCUGCAUCUAAGCAUAGCCAGAGGACAGCAAGGGCGCUGCCGCCAUGACGGAGUGCUUCCUGCCUCCCAGCAGUAGCCCUGGUGAGCAGCGGCGGCCCGAGGCCCCGGGGGGGGUGGCCCGCACACCCAGCUCUGAGGAGAUCAGCCCUACCAAGUUCCCGGGCCUGUACCGCACAGGGGAGCCCUCACCUCCUCAUGACGGGCACCACCACGAGCCCCCCGACGCAGCUUCUGAUGACGACAAGGAGCACAGCAAGAAGAAGAACAAGUUCAAGAAAAAGGAGAAGAGAACUGAGGGCUACGCCGCCUUUCAGGAGGACAGUUCGGCAGACGAGGCUGAGAGCCCAUCUAAAAUGAAGCGCUCCAAGGGCAUCCAUGUGUUCAAGAAGCCCAGCUUUUCCAAGAAGAAGGAGAAGGACUUCAAGGUGAAGGAGAAGCCCAAGGAGGACAAGGCCAAGGAAAAGAAGUCCAAGGACCUGACAGCAGCGGACGUGGUGAAGCAAUGGAAAGAAAAGAAGAAGAAGAAGAAACCGAGCGGUGAGCUGGAGCCUGUCCCCGCUGAGGUGCCAUCAUGCCGGCCUGUCUUCGGGGUGCCGCUGGACGAGGCCGUGAAGAGGACGGCGCUCUAUGACGGCAUCCAGCUGCCCGCCAUCUUCAGGGAGUGUGUCACCUACAUUGAGAAUUACGGCAUGAAGUGCGAGGGCAUCUACCGUGUCUCAGGGAUGAAGUCCAAGGUGGAUGAACUGAAGGCGGCAUACGACCGUGAGGAGUGUCCCUGCCUGGAGGAGUAUGACCCCCACACGGUGGCCAGCCUCCUGAAGCAGUACCUGCGUGAGCUACCUGACAGUCUGCUGGGCCGCGAUGUGGCGGCCCGCCUGGAGGAGGCCUGUGGCCGGCCUACCGAGGCCGACAAGGUGCAGGAGUGCCAGCGGCUGCUGGCCGAGGCUCCUGCCUUUGGGCGCCUCCUGCUGGCCUGGCUCAUCACCCACAUGGACCACGUCAUUGGCAGGGAGGCCGACACCAAGAUGAACAUCCAGAACAUCUCUAUUGUCCUCAACCCCACGGUGCAGAUUGGGAACCGCGUGCUAUACAUCUUCUUCACCCACGUGAAGGAGCUCUUUGGGGAUGUGCUUCUGAAGCCAGCCAUCCGUCCUCUGCGCUGGUCCAACAUGGCCACCAUGCCAGCAUUGCCUGACACCCAGGAGAGCAUCAAAGAGGAGAUCCGCCGUCAGGAGUUCCUGCUGAACUGCCUCCAUCGGGACCUGCAGGCGGGUGUGAAGGAUCUGUCCAAGGAGGAGCGUCUGUGGGAGGUGCAGCGCAUCCUGACCGCCCUCAAGCGCAAGCUGCGAGAGGCUAAGCGACAGGAGUGUGAGACCAAGAUUGCCCAGGAGAUCGCCAGCCUCUCCAAGGAGGAUGUGUCUAAGGAGGAGAUGACGGAGAACGAGGAGGAGGUUAUCAACAUCCUCCUGGCACAGGAGAACGAGAUCCUGACGGAGCAGGAGGAGCUUAUUGCUUUGGAGCAAGUCCUUCGCCGGCAGAUUGCCACCGAGAAAGAGGAGGUGGAGCGGCUGCGGGCGGAAAUUGCCGACAUCCAGAGCCGGCAGCAGGCCCGCAGCGAGACGGAGGAGUACUCCUCGGACAGCGAGAGUGAGAGCGAGGACGAGGAGGAACUGCAGAUCAUCCUGGAGGACCUGCAGCGGCAGAAUGAGGAGCUUGAGAACAAGAACACGCACCUGAAUCAGGCUAUCCACGAGGAGCAGGAGGCUAUCAUUGAGCUGCGUGUGCAGCUCCGCCUCCUGCAGUCACAUAAGCUGCAGCAGGAGCAGGUGGCACAGUCGGUGCAGGCAGGCCAGCCGUCGCAGCCGAGCCCCGAGGCCCGGCCUGAGGAGCCUGGCAAGCGCAGCGCCACGCAGCCCACAGUGCCCGCAGGUGACUCUCCAGCACCCUCUAAUGGCAAGGUCACCAAGGAAGUCCUGAAACCUUCGCCCAGCAAGGACCGCUGGGAAACUAACCUGUGAGUCAUUCCCCUGGACUGUCCUGGCCCUGCAUCUGUGGGGGGGGGGGCAUCACGGAGCACCUGGACAGGCACACAGAGCGGACCAGGAGCACUUAUGCACUAUUCCCCACCCAGCAAAGAAAAGCACAGCAGAGGAUGGGCACCAUGGAAACAGUGAUGUGCAAGCUUACCCAGCACUGCAGUUUGCAGUGGGACAUGCAAGGGUGUCUUGGAGUACAGCCAGGGAACUGCAGUCAGUGUCCAGUCUGUGUGACUUCCGGAUGUGGGGGGAAGCUCUGAUUAUUUCACUUAUUGAAUAUGCGCAUAUAUAGAUACACAUAUAUAAAUAUAUUACUCCUUUAUUUUUGUGAAGUAUUGUUGUUGCUUAGCUGUGUGUGAAUCCAGCACCAGGCCAAAACUUCCAAGCUGCUGGGUGAGUCCCUUUGACUCUGGCACCAGGUCCACAGUCCCGAGUUGCUGGGUCAGUCCCUUUGGCUCCGGCACCAGGCCCAAACUCCCGAGCUGCUGGGUCCGUCCAUUCGGCGACGGCACCAGGCCCACACUCCCGAGCUGCUGGAUCGGUCCCUUCGGCGCCGGCACCAGGCCCACACUCCCGAGCUGCUUGGGUCGGUCCCUUCGGCGCCGGCACCAGGCCCACACUCCCGAGCUGCUUGGGUCGGUCCCUUCGGCGCCGGCACCAGGCCCACAAUCCAGAGCUGCUUGGGUCGGUCCCUUCGGUGCUGGCACCAAGCCCACACUCCCGAGCUGGGUAUAAUGUCGAGACACUGAAGCACGGGGGCCAGCAGCUCUGCCAUGUGCAGCACAAGACAGCCUGUCCCACAGAGACAACCCCCCCCCCACGGUAUUUAGUCCCUCUUAGAAAUUCCCCAACAUCCACAUAGUAGCAACUUUGUUAAAGAGGUGACGGCUUGAUUGUUGAUGGUUCACUUGUAUUUUUUUUAUGUGACCUUUUACGGUUUAAACAUGAGGAAAAAAAUAUCUCAACACAUUAUGUGUUGAAAGAUGGUUUUGAGGCUUUUUUAAUUAUGAAAGAUGCCACUCUUUUGACACCUUUGGUGUAGGAAUCCCAUAGGAGACACUGUUUCUAUGGGCACAUACUUCCUGGUUUGACCAUGGGGACAGUCGGUGACUUGUGGUGCUACAUGUGGGUCCAAGUCCUACUGUCAGAUUUGGGUGUGAGCUCCUCCAUACAUGCCAUGUGGUGGGGGGUGAAUUCUAAGUGACCCUGUCUCUUUGACUGGUCACACCUCCAGGCUUCUUCGCUCAGGUGGACGUCACCCUCAGCCGGACCGGAGGUCGUCCAGAACAGCCGUUUGUGGAAAUUCUACCCUUUGCUAACACAAGUGUAUUUGGAUGGUGUGUUUGAAAUGGUUACUGAUGGGCUUGCUCAUCAUUAGGUUUAUUUUCGUGAUGUUUAGAGGUUUUCUAGCUUGUUUGCAGAUGGUGAUAUUGAGAGGAAUAAAGUGUUGAUGGUCUGAA